UCGGAAACAAAGAAAUUAUGAGAACUCCACUAGCCAGGUUAUAACGAAAAAAAAUUAAAUAAAAAGAUUUGAUAAUAAACCUCAGACUAAAGAAAAGUAAUCUGGAAAUUCUUGUUCGAAUGUUUCUAAUAUCGGCUUGCUUAUCCAUGGAUAAGCUGUAAAGGAGCAUCUGAUUUAUUCAAUUGUCUGCAUUCUUAUGGUUGAUGUUUUCGAAUUAGUUGAUGCGAGCUGUGUUUGUGAAUGAUGAUGGUUUUGCCAAUAAAGGAAGACAAUAACAUGUUUAACGAGCAGAAAGAAGCAAGGAAUGGAGUAGUGAGGGAUGAGCAAGGUUCAGGCUCAAUUGAGGAAAACGAAUCAAGGAUUGUUGGGAGGACUUUAAAUGUAAGUAAUGGGUCCCUUGGAGCAAUUGAGGUGUGUGAUGUGUUAGAAGCUCCUCGACAACAACCUCGAGGUUCUGUAAUACGUUGGGAGAGGUAUCUCCCUUUUGGGACCAUCAAAGUUCUCCUUGUGGAAAAUGAUGACCCAACGCGUCAUGUUGUUAGUGCAUUACUACAAAAUUGCAGUUACGAAGUUAUGGCCGUUGCAAAUGGUCUCAGAGCGUGGAGAGUCCUAGAAGAUCCGACUAACCAUAUUGAUAUUGUCCUGUCAGAGGAAGAUAUGCCUGUGUUAUCAGGAAGUGAUCUUUUAUGCAUGAUUAUGAGCCACAAAACUUUAAAGAAUAUCCCUGUGAUAAUGAUGUCAUCUCAUGAUUGUAUCAGUCUAGUGUUUAAGUGUUUGUCAAAGGGUGCAGUUGAUUUUCUUGUAAAACCUAUUCGGAAGAAUGAAGUUAAAAAUCUCUGGCAGCAUCUUUGGAGGAGAUGCCACAGUUCUAGCGGCAGUGGGAGUGAAAGUGGAACACUGUCAAGAAAGUCUAUUAAGUCAAAAGGUAAUGAUGAGCCUGAGAAUUAUGCUGCCAGUAGUGAUGUCAAUGAGCAUGAUGACUACAGUGAUGAUCUGAUGGUUCGUGAUGGAAGUGAAAAUGGGAGUGGUACCGAGAGUUCAUGGACAAAAAGGGCAGCCGAACCUGAGAGCUCUCAUCCAAUGUCUUCCUUAAAUCGAUCGCCCAAUGCUCCUGAUAGCACUUGCGCCCAAUUGGUUCAUGUGAAGCAUGAUAAAUGUGGGAGCUCGUGGACAUGGGUUACUGAGAAAAAAGAAUGCCAAGAACAGCAUGAACAAGUUGUUGAUGCUGCUGAGGGCAAGUACUCGGAAGUAAGAAUUAAAAGAAAUAAAGAAUGGCAAUGUGGAAAUCAAUGCGAAAAUUCACCUACUAACCUGGAAGAAGUAGAUUGUAAGCAAUUUGACAGCGGACAGUAUGAGCACCAGAAUGAGAGCAUUACUGGCAAGGAUCGAGCCCCUGAUAUAAUUACUGCAAUUCAACAAGCUGAAAGCAGAGCUUCUGAUGCUCCAUGUGGCUCUUCCGAUAUACUGCAAGUCAAAGAUGGAGCAUCCCGUGGAUCUGGAGAAAACCCUUCCCUUGAACCGACUCCUACGUUGUUACAAGGAGCAUCAGAUAGACAAGAUUCUGCAAAUAAUGGGCACAAUGUUUUGAGACAUUCUGAGUCGUCAGCAUUCUCAAAGUACAGUACUGCAUCUUCUGGUAAGAAGGCUCUCACACGGAACAAAGGAAGCUGUUCUCCACUUGAUCAUAGUUCCGUUACAAUGAAAACUGAAGCAUUGCGCACUCUUCCAUCUCAUUCAAGUGGCAUUCUUUUGAAUCAGUCAUCAAUAAGAAGCAGCAACAAAAAUGAUACGAGAACUACUGCAAAAUGUGUUAGCCCAAAGCCUGAAGCUUUGAUCGACAAGUCUGGGUCCAAUUCAGCAUUUAAAUGCUUUCACUCUUCUUCCUUCAAACCAAUGGAUAAUGGUUCAUCUCAGGAAGUGUUGACUGAAACAGUAAAUGAUACCGAGCUUAAAACUUCUCUUUCACCAUUGAGAACUGCAAGCCAGGUAUUUCAUUUUCAGCACCAUUUUCCGUACCUACGUCAACUCUGCCAAAUUGAGAAGGAACAUAACUUGCAGGCUGAUCAUGAUAGCUCGGAGAAGAUCAUUGCAACUGCUAAACAAUGCGGAUCAUCCAAUUUGUUUGAAGGGCCCUCUGAAUGUGAUAUUGUAAACUAUAGUGUAAAUGGGAGUACCUCGGGGAGUAACUAUGUCAGCAAUGGGCGUAAUGGGACUGGAACUUGUUUAAGUGCUGAAAAUGCAAUAAUUGAUGAUGGCAAUGGGACAGCUGGUGCAAUGAGUCGUAGAAGUGGUGGUAGUGCGGCAGAUGAAGAUCGUGUUGCACAAAGAGUGGCCGCCUUAACCAAAUUUCGCCAGAAAAGGAAAGAAAGAUGUUUUGAGAAGAAGGUACGAUAUCAGAGCAGGAAGAGGUUGGCAGAACAGCGACCUCGUGUCAAGGGACAAUUUAUGCGGCAAAUCGUUUGUGAUUCUGAAGGAGGAAAAGAUUGUUCGAGUUAUGGCUUCACGUCCGAAGACAAAUCUUCAGAUAGUUUAAGAUAACACAGGCAAGGUUUGCUGAUUGCUGCUAACUUGACCAACCCGUCCACUCCAAUGCUUAUGAAAAAAACCAUAGAUUUUAGAAUUUAUAUCUGACUUAGCCCGGAUUUGAAUCUGGUCCAAUCUCGAAAUUGUUGACCUAAAAGGAAUCCGAACGCAAA